AUGAAGACGCCGCUGUUGGCCUUGGCUUUGUGGUCACUGCUCAUCCAGCCGGGGCAGACGUUCUGGCCCUCCCAUGUGGGUCGGAACUGCCACAAUGGCAACUACCAGAUCAGCGUCCUGAUGAUGAACAACUCAGCCUUCCCAGAGCCCCUGGAAAACCUGAAAGACGCGGUGAAUGACGGAGUGGAAAUAGUGAGGCGGCGUCUGCUUGCGGCGGGCAUAGAUGUGACUGUGAAUGCCACCUUCAUCUAUUCGGAUAAUGUGAUUCACAGCUCAGGUGACUGUCGGAGCAGCACCUGUGAAGGCCUCGACCUACUCAGGGAGAUUUCAACUAAACAACAGAUGGGCUGCGUCCUCAUGGGGCCGUCAUGCACCUACUCCACCUUCCAGAUGUACGUUGACACAGAACUGAACUACCCCAUGAUCUCAGCAGGAAGUUUUGGAUUGUCUUGUGACUAUAAAGAAACCUUAACCAGACUGAUGUCUCCAGCUAGGAAAUUGAUGUACUUCUUGGUUAACUUUUGGAAGGCCAAUGAUCUGCCAUUCAAAACUUUUUCCUGGAACAGUGCAUAUGUUUACAAGGAUGGUACUGAGUCUGAGGACUGUUUCUGGUACCUCAAUGCUCUGGAGGCUGGAGUUUCCUAUUUUUCUCAGGAACUCACCUUCAAGGAGAUGCUGAGAGGAGAGGACCAAUUUCGGGAUAUCUUAACGGACCGGAACAGGAAAAGCAAUGUGAUUGUUAUGUGUGCUACCCCAGACAACAUCCAUAGCCUCAAGGGUGAUCGAGCAGCAGCUGAAGACAUUGUCAUUAUUCUAGUGGAUCUAUUCAAUGACCACUACUUUGAGGACAAUGCCACAGCCCCUGACUAUAUGAAAAAUGUCCUUGUUCUGACACUGCCUCCUGGAAAUUUCACCUUUAAUAACAUCUCUGAGGAUUUAUCAGGGGCAAAAAAUGACUUUGCUCUUGCCUACGUGGAUGGAAUCUUGCUCUUUGGACACAUGCUGAAGAUAUUUCUUGAAAAUGGAGAAGAUAUUCUCACCUCCAAAUUUGCUCAUGCUUUCAGGAACCUCACUUUUGAAGGGUAUGCGGGUCCUGUGACUUUGGACGACUGUGGGGAUAUUGACAAUACUAUGGUGCUUCUGUAUACUUCUGUGGACACCAUGAAAUACAAGAUUCUUCUGACCUAUGACACCCAUGUAAAUAUGACUGACCCAGUAGAUAUGAGCCCCACAUUCAUCUGGAAGAGCCAUAAACUUCCUAAUGAUAUUCCAGUCCUGGGCCCUCACAUCCUGAUGAUCGCGGUCUUCACCCUCACGGGCACUGUGGUCCUGCUGCUGCUCAUCGCGCUGCUGGUGCUGAGAAAAUAUAGAAAAGAUAAUGAACUUCGUCAGAAAAAAUGGUCCCACAUUCCUCCUGAAAAGAUCUUUCCUCUGGAAACCAAUGAGACCAGCCAUAUUAGCCUGAAGAUCGAUGACGACAAGAGACGAGAUACAAUCCAGAGACUACGACAGUGCAAAUACGACAAAAAGCGAGUGAUUCUCAAGGAUCUCAAGCACAAUGAUGGUAAUUUCACUGAGAAACAGAAGAUAGAAUUGAACAAGUUGCUUCAGAUUGACUAUUACAACCUGACCAAGUUCUAUGGCACAGUGAAGCUCGAUUCCACGAUCUUUGGGGUGAUCGAAUACUGUGAAAGAGGAUCCCUCCGGGAAGUUUUAAAUGACACAAUUUCCUACCCUGAUGGUACAUUCAUGGAUUGGGAGUUUAAGAUUUCUGUCUUGUAUGACAUUGCUAAGGGCAUGUCAUACCUGCACUCCAGUAAGACGGAAGUCCACGGCCGCCUGAAGUCCACCAACUGCGUCGUGGACAGCAGGAUGGUGGUGAAGAUCACUGAUUUCGGCUGCAACUCCAUCCUACCUCCAAAAAAAGAGCUGUGGACAGCUCCAGAGCACCUGCGUCAUGCCAGCAUCUCUCAGAAAGGAGAUGUGUACAGCUAUGGGAUCAUCGCGCAGGAGAUCAUCCUGCGGAGAGAAACCUUCUACAUGCUGAGCUGCCGGGACCAGAAUGAGAAGAUUUUCAGAGUGGAAAAUUUCAAUGGAAUUAAACCCUUCCGCCCAGAUCUAUUCCUGGAAUCAGCAGAGGAAAAGGAGUUAGAAGUGUAUCUACUCGUGAAAACCUGUUGGGAGGAAGAUCCAGAAAAGAGACCAGAUUUCAAGAAAAUUGAGAACACACUGGCCAAAAUAUUUGGCCUUUUUCAUGACCAGAAAAGUGAAAGUUACAUGGAUACCUUGAUCCGCCGUCUACAGCUGUAUUCUCGAAACCUGGAACAUCUGGUAGAGGAAAGGACGCAGCUGUACAAGGCAGAGAGGGACAGAGCUGACAGACUUAACUUUAUGUUGCUUCCAAGGCUAGUGGUAAAGUCUCUGAAGGAAAAAGGCAUUGUGGAGCCGGAACUAUACGAGGAAGUUACAAUCUACUUCAGUGACAUUGUAGGUUUCACUACUAUCUGCAAAUACAGCACCCCCAUGGAAGUGGUGGACAUGCUUAAUGACAUCUAUAAAAGUUUUGACCACAUCGUUGAUCACCAUGAUGUCUACAAGGUGGAAACCAUUGGUGAUGCCUACAUGGUGGCUAGUGGGUUGCCCAAGAGAAAUGGCAACCGGCAUGCAGUAGACAUUGCCAAGAUGGCCUUGGAGAUCUUGAGCUUCAUGGGGACCUUUGAGCUGGAGCAUCUUCCUGGCCUCCCAAUAUGGAUUCGCAUUGGAGUUCACUCUGGUCCCUGUGCUGCUGGAGUUGUGGGAAUCAAGAUGCCUCGUUAUUGCCUGUUUGGAGAUACCGUCAACACAGCCUCUAGGAUGGAAUCCACUGGCCUCCCCUUGAGGAUUCAUGUGAGUGGUUCCACAGUAGCCAUCCUGAAGAGAACUGAGUGCCAGUUCCUGUAUGAAGUGAGAGGAGAAACAUAUUUAAAGGGAAGAGGAACUGAGACCACGUACUGGCUGACCGGGAUGAAGGACCAGAAGUACAACCUGCCAACCCCUCCAACUGUGGAGAAUCAGCAGCGUUUGCAAGCGGAAUUUUCAGACAUGAUUGCCAACUCUUUACAGAAAAGACAGGCCGCAGGGAUAACAAACCGAAAACCUAAACGGGUAGCCAGCUAUAAAAAAGGCACUCUGGAAUAUUUGCAACUGAACACCACAGACACGGACAGCACCUAUUUUUGA